AUGGACUUGAAUACAGGGACGACUUCCUUGAGACUCGUGGCCGAAGAUAUUCCAGAUCAGUUAGCUCGCGGAAGUCUCCAACAAAGCCAAUAUGAGGGAAUGAUUAAGAAAAUUAGGCCACAAACUAACAUUAAUAGGCUCAAAAAGAGUCUCAACGUAGAUUCGCCCUCCUUCACACCUUCAACUCUCGCAGUUCCGAGCAAGACAUCGUCUAUUUCUUCACAAGCUGCCAAUGCAGCUCCAUUUACACCUCGAAGUCUGGCCAGUGGUGCCACGACUCCUGCUCCGCAAUCAGAACCUCAACCAACCUUUAAUCCUGCCCAAAUUCGCGAAUUUACGCCGCAAAAUUACGAAUUGUCUGACACAGCCUUAGCCACCGAUGGUGCUUCGGAUGGACAGUCAGCUUAUGAUCCCUUCUCUAUGACCGGAGUGAAUCAGGCACUUUCGACAGCUACUCCUUAUAACCCUUACGACGAAAGCAACAACAUAUCUAGCAAUGGAGCUGGUUAUUUUCAGACUCCGACCCCCUUUAUCACAACCAACCAACCUCUCCAAUAUCAUUUGUAUGCGCCAAUUGGUCCACACAGAGAAGAUAUCUUGGCCUAUCAACGACAUGCACAUGAUUUCUUCAUGCCAGAGACACUCCGUGAGGAGUUGCAAAAGAAGGCAGAAGCUACAUUUCAAGUCAUGCCUAACUCCCAACUUCCAACCGUCGACCCAUAUCAUAGUCUAGUCGCUCUAGAUACAAGCCAUCGCAAGAGUGCUGCCGUAUUUGGAUACCCCAGCUGGAUUUACAAAGCCACAUCCAUCAAGAACGGCCACAUGUACUGCCUGCGCAGACUUGAGGGCUAUCGAUUGACUAACGAAAGAGCUAUUCGUUCUGUCAAGGAUUGGCGGAGAGUUAAUUGCGGCGGCGUAGUUUCUGUCGUCGAUGCAUUUACUACACGUGCCUUCGGAGACAGCUCUCUGGUGUUUGUCACCAAUUAUCACCCCCUUUCCAAGACUUUGGUUGAACAUCAUUUUACAAGCACCAAUCGUUUUGGCAACCGAAUCUCUCAGGCAGUUCCAGAGCCUGUCCUUUGGAGUUACAUUGUGCAGAUUUCUUCUGCUAUCAAAUCGGUACACGCGGCUAAUCUAGCAGUUCGCUGCAUUGAUCCGAGCAAGGUCAUCCUUACCGAAAAAGGCCGCAUCCGACUAAAUGCGUGCUCUGUCCUGGACGUUGUGCAAUUUGAUGCUCAACGCCCACUGGCUGAAUUACAGCAAGAGGACUUCAUCCACUUCGGAAAGCUCAUCCUAUCAAUCGCAACCAACAACUUGUCUGUCAUGGCUUCUCAUAAUCUGAUGGGUUUUGUAGACCAGUUAUCCAGGACCUACACUGGGGAGUUGCGGGACACAAUCAUAUGGCUUCUCACCCCAGCUCAAGCACCAGCAACCAAAAGUGUUGUAGAGCUACUGAUCGGCAUCUCUAACCACAUCGUCGACGCCUUCGACAGCAGUCUUCACGCGAACGAUACACUAUAUUCUGAGCUCGCCCGUGAAGUUGAGAACGGUCGUAUUGUUAGGCUUCUCAUGAAGCUCGGGAGCAUUAACGAGCGUCCAGACUACGAUGGCGAGCUCAACUGGAGCGAGAAUGGCGAGCGUUACGUCCUGAAAUUAUUCAGAGACUAUGUCUUCCACCAAGUCAAUGCGGAAGGCAGACCCGUUGUCGAUAUGGGACAUAUCCUUGCAUGUUUAAAUAAACUCGAUGCUGGGAGUCAGGAGAAAAUCACAUUGACGAGCAGAGAUGAGCAGAGCGUGUUUGUCGUCUCGUACAACGAGGUGAAAAAACAGGUCAAUUCUGCUUGGGCGGAUCUGCAGAAACCGAGCCGCCGUUGA